AUGAACCAAGAGCAGCUGAACCAGCUUGUCACCAACCUGCUCUCCGCGGACAAUGAGGUUCGAAAAUCCGCAGAGGCUCAGUAUGAUUCCCUUGUUCACGGGAAUGCUACUUGGAUGAUGUGCUGCUUGUCAGAGCUAUGCGCGUCAACGGAAAACACCUCCACUAUGCAAAUGGGCCUUGUCUUGUUAAAAAAACUUUUUGGAAAUAAAUCUGACUGUUUUGACACAGCAGACGCUGAGACGCAGAACGCUGUAAAGGGUUUGAUGCUACAGGUGCUGGGGAAAGCAGCAUUUGGUGCACAGCGUGCAUUGGCUGCUGCCUGUGUGAGUGCCCUUGUUGUUAAGUUGAAAAACAUAGAAAAGGAAUGGGAUGAGCUUUGGAAGUCUAUCUUUCAGAUAAUUGAAGAUUUAGAAUCCGCGCAUCAGCUGAAAACAAUCUGCUGUGAGAUUAUUGCUGCGACGGGUCCUUCCUUAACGGAGCAUUUUGAGGCGAAUGUGGUUCGGGUAGCGGCAGGCCUGAAGAACUGCCUUCUCGACCCGUCCGUGGAUUCGCGAAAAGCAGCUUUGGAUGCGAUUUUUAAUCUCACCAUGUGCAGACCGUCUCGUGAGCUUGCCGAUUUGGUUCCGCUGAUACUGCAGGCUGUGCAAGAUGCCCUCAACGCAUCGAAUUGGGGGGACGCGGAAGCUUUAACUGGCAAGUUGGCGGAGGGUGUGUCUCACUCUGCAACGCUUUUUGAGCGGCACACUGCUCCAUUGCUGCAAGGGCUGAUGGAGGUGGCUUCCGCACCAUCUGUGGCACCAGGUGCUCGACACAUGGCUAUUGAGGCCCUCUUAACCUACUGUGAGAGUGAACCAAAAACAGCGCGGAAGGUACCAGACUUUUCAACAUCAUUUUUGCGUUUGCUCUUCGAAUACACCGUUAACCCCGCGAUUCCUGACGACUGGGAUGUCAAAGGUGUGAACACUGACGAGGACGAUCUUGAUGAAGACCUUGACGAGACCGUCGGCAGCAGUGGUAUCGACCGAUUAGCCUCCGCCCUCGGGGGUAGAAAGCUGGAAGCUCUCGCUCAACAGCUUUUCUCGGAAAACAUCCAGUCCCCCGACUGGAAGCAACGUAAUGCGGCAUUACUUCUAAUUACUUAUGUCGCUGAAGGGAUGUCUUCUGUGCUUGAAAAGCACCUGAAGUCCAUUGUUUGCAUGGUGCUACCAGCUCUUCGGGAUGAUAUGAAGUAUGUCCGUGCGAGUGCGUUGGAUUGCCUUACCCAGAUGUCUACCGACUUUGCCCCUCAACUCCAGGAGAAUCUAUGCCACAUGAUCUUACCUGCUGUCGUUCAGUGCCUCGAGGACCCCAUACCUGCCGUAGCAACGAGGGCAGCACGCUGCCUAGACUCUUUCUUUGAUCGAUGUGAAGAGGAUGAAGAGGAUAGCCCACACUUCGUUAAAGAAUUUGAACGCUAUGUCGAGGGGCUAUGUGCUUCUCUAGUGUCUCUUCUGAGGCAAACGCCGCAUCAGUUUCUCCGUGAAGAUUGCCUGGGGGCGCUUUCCUCUAUCAUAUCAACCUGCAAAGACAUGCUAAAACCGUAUGUUAAUAACCUUGUCCCCGUGUUUCAAGAGGUACUGGCAGUUCCUGACUCCCCGGAUGUUAUUCAAAUGAAGUGCAAAGCCAUCGAGUGCACAACGCUUCUCGCCUGUGGUGUUGGAAGAGAAGGGUUCGGGCCGUAUGCGGAGCAUAUGUGCAACUACUUGCGUGAUCUUCUACAACAUCUGUCGCAAGAAGAAUGCAAGGACGACAUGCGGUUGCGUUAUGUCAUGCGCGGGUGGACUUGCAUGACGGACUGCCUGAGGGAGGAUGUGGUCCCUUAUCUGCAGGUCGUCCUGCCUGUGCUUCUUUCGAUGGUGAAUAUGGAGUGCGAUAUGGAGGUGGAAAACGCUGAGGUGGGGGAGGAAGAUGACGAGGAUGAGCAAGGAAGAAAGAGUGGGGGAGAAGUGGCAACAAUGCGGGUUGUUGUCCCUGGCGUGGGUGUGAAAAAGAUUAAGCUGCACACCGGUCUUAUUGAGGAGAAGGACCUUGCGGCUAGUGUACUCAGCGCCAUGCUCACGUACUUAGGAAAGCACCUAGGGCCGCACCUCCCGGCAAUCGCAGAAUCCGCAGUGAAGUUGCUCAGUUUCCAGUCAAACUCAUCUAUUCGCGAGAGUGGGGCGGCGAUUUUGGAUGAGGUUCUAAACGCUUAUGAAGUUGAUGAGCGGGCUCACUUGGCUGUUGCCAUCAUGGAUCCGUUGUUGAACCAGUUCGCCGACGAGGAUGAGUUGGAUGCGUCAAGUGCGAUGUCGGUGGUGAUUAGCCGUUGCAUUGACAGUGCCCCAGGCCUUGUCUCACAAGAUACGGUUACCGUUAUUGGUGAAAAGGUUCUCGCUGUGCUAGAACGGGCCAUGGAGAAUCGGGUGCAAAGUUUGGAGAGCCAGGUUGGUGAGAACGACGAGGACGAGCUGGAUAGGCUUCAGGGUGAGGAGGAAGAGGCCGACACACUCAUUUCGGACACCUGCAAUGUCCUCGAUAAAAUGCUUGAGCGGGCGGGUGACGUAUUUGCCCCUGUCUUCUUGGUCAUGUUCGCACCCGUUCUAGAGAAACUGCUGCAGAAGAAUGAGAAGGAUUCCGUGGUUACUUGCGGUCUCGCGCUGCUUUGCGGAUUAGUGGAGCAUGCGCCGAAUCAUAUUGGAAGCUUCAUCCCGACAAUUGUCGAGAGUUGUUUGGACUUCGCGCAGAGCCGUGAAGACUGUGAUCUCUUGCAGUCUGCUUUUUACCUCAUGAACUUGUUGUUGCAGUACUUUGGCCGUAACCCCGACCCGAGUACACCGGAGUUCGUGCAUCGGGUAAGUUCUCUCUUCACUCGCUUCAUUGCUGUUCAGCGCACAGGAGACUAUGAGUCUACUACGUGCAACGCGGUAAGUGCAGCGACCACGCUUCUUUCCUUGUUUCACUCCACUCUUCCGGAGCAGGGACUGGUGGAGGUUCUUACACUAGUCGUCAGCAACCUUCCCGUUCGAGGCGAUGACGUAGAGGCCCGCCGCGUGCACGAGAAGGUGUUAAUGUGGGUCGUGCAGCAGCACCCCGUGAUUCAGGGCCGAGGUAGGCACGCGGGCGAAAUCGUGGCGCGCAUGAAGGCGGCCGACCAGGAUGUGUUGAACGAAGUAACAAAAAAUCAACUUGCAGCGAUGUGA